AUGUCAUUGUCUGUACGAUGUUCUGUUGUGAUUGAGGAGUUAGCUGCUGACAAAUGUACUGUUAGACGUCGUAUAGCACUUCGUGAAUCUGAGAUAUCUGCUGUCAGAGAUGACCUACAGCAGAUUCUUGUACGUAUAACUCCUGUGGACAAUUCGGGUUGUAAAAAAAUGAUCACGAAAAGUCUGGGUUAUCCAGUCAUUGAGUUAGACCUUUACAAAAAUUUCUUAUCUCAAGGCAAGGCGACUAUUUGCUUACCAGUCCAUUCUGUGAGAAUAAUGAUCAGUAACUGUCCACCAGAUAAACUCCGUUUCUUCCUUGGUACUCUGCGUACUAAAUUCAAUGCACAAAAUACAAAACUUCGAAAGAAACCAGUGGUUCCAGAUGCUCCACCAACUUCUCUUUCACUCAUGGAAGAAAUUAGUCCACUGCCUCUUCCUAAGAAAACUCCUCGUUCUAAUUUGAAGUCGGUAGAACCAUUUCCUUGUGACAUGUCAGUAAUAAAUUUUCAGGAGGCUCCUUCUUCACCUACCUGUUCACCAGAACGUAAAUCAUCAAAUUCAACUCCUUUCAUUUCUACUCCUGUGCGAAAAGUUGAAAGAAAGCAACCUGAAAAGAAAGAUCGUUCAUUUGGUCACAUCUGUGGUCUAUGGGAAUCUGAUUCUUCGGGUCAACCAGGUCGUGAUCAACAGGCAUCAGUUAUCAACCUUGUAAAACAGGGUCAUAAUGUUUUUUGUACUGGUGGUGCGGGGACAGGAAAAUCUCACCUUAUUCGCCGUAUUGUGGGCUUACUCCCACCAGAGCAUACUGCAGUUACUGCCAGUACAGGAUCAGCUGCCAAUCUCAUCGGUGGACUGACAGUACACGCGUUUUCCGGGCUAGGAAGUUUGCUUGAAUCAGAUAUGAAGAUGGAUAAUACCAAUAUUUCCGCCUGGAUUGAACUUUUGCGUACUCGUUUAAAAUUUCGUCCAGAUAUAAUGGGUCGUUGGCAGAAAUUACGAUAUCUUGUUAUCGAUGAGAUAAGCAUGCUAAGUAGUAGACUGUUUACUCGUCUAGAGCUUCUUCCACCUGUUGUUCCUUCGUCUGAGUCUGACAAUAAAUUCGCCUUUCAAUCAUCUGCUUGGAGUAAAUGUCGUUUUCGUGUUAUUGAGCUUACUCAUUCUUGGCGACAAUCUGAUGAUCCUCAAUUGGCACGUUUACUCUCAGUAAUUCGUGAAGGUCAGUGUCCAGAAUGGGCUGUAAAGAUAUUACGAUCUCGUUUAAUAUCUGAACUAGACGACUACCAUAGUCAGGAUAAACUUGCAGCAACUCGCUUAUGUACUCAUCGAGCUGAUGCUGAUGCCUGGAAUAAGCGUAUGCUGGAUGAGUUGCCAGGUGUGUGCAAGAUUUAUCGAGCUCAGGACAAAGGUAUUGGUAAGAGCAAUUCCAUUUCUAUUGAUACAGCCUGCCCAGCUCCUUCCGUACUGAACUUAAAGGUUGGCGCUCAAGUUAUGCUGAUAAGAAACUUGGAUACUAGUCGUGGACUUGUCAAUGGAGCUCGAGGUGUAGUUGAAAAAAUAAGCAGUGAUAGUGGUCUACCGGUUGUUCGAUUCUACCCUCAAGAAGAAGUUGCAAGUCGACGUCAAUUACCAUUAACACUGGCUUGGGCGAUAUCUAUUCAUAAAAGUCAAGGCAUCACAUUAGAAAAUGCAGAAUUAGCUCUUUCCAAGGUUUUCGAAUGUGGUCAAGCGUAUGUGGCACUGAGUCGGUGCCGUAACUUAAAUGGUUUACAUUUGCUCGAUUGGCGUCCAGAGGUUAUUCGAGCUGAUCCCAGUGUAAUUAAAUUUUAUGCAAAAAUCAGGGAAGCUAACGGUAAAACCAGUGAAGAUAAUCAGUACAUUUUAACUAAAGUGAUUCGUUAA